CCAUGCCAGUCAGACGUCCUCGUGGUUGCCGCCCUUGGAGAACUGGGACUCUGGGGGCGCCGGCUUGCCUUACGGGUGGGAGGCGGCCACUGAUAAGGAAGGGAAGCAGUAUUUUAUAAAUCACCUGAACAAGACGACCACUUACGAAGACCCCAGGAAAGAUUUCUUGGAUGAACCUCCACAACCUCGUCAGAUCGAUCUCCUGCGGGACCCUGAGAUGGGGUUCGGGUUCGUCGCCGGGUCUGAGAAGCCUGUCAUUGUUAGGUUCGUGACAGAGGGAGGCCCCAGCGAAGAGAAGCUCCUCCCGGGUGACCAAAUCCUCAUGAUUAACGGGGAGGACGUGAAGAAGGCUCCCCGCGACCACGUUAUCCAGCUCGUGAGGUCGUGUAAGGAUAAGGUCCAGCUUACUGUUACUCAGCCUCCCCUGGAUAAUUCAGCGAGGAAGUCAGCCUUGUUGAGCGCCGCCAAGAAGCAGCGCCUCAAGUCCAACCCCUCGAGGGUGAGGUUUGCCGAGAGUGUUGACAUCAACGGCUCGCCUUCCUACUCUCCGUCCAACUUUAACACGAGCGAGUCCACUACGCCCUUCAUGCCCAACGUCCUCAAAGUGUUCCUCGAAAACGGCCAGACCAAAUCGUUCAAGUAUGACUCAAGUACUACUGUAGGCGACGUGCUGGACUCCCUACAUCAGAAGCUGGGUAUUAAAUGCUCGGAACAUUUCUCUCUGGUUGUGGAGCACGUUAAGAGUCUUCGGAGGAACAAGCUAACUAUCCUCGACCCUAAGGAGGCGCUAUCUAGGAUCGCCGCCCGGCCUGGUGCCCAACACUUGAGAUGUCUCUACCGCGUGACGUUUGUGCCUCGCGACUCCUACGACCUCCUCAGGAAGGACUCCAUGGCCUUCGAGUACCUCUAUCUCCAGUGCUGUAACGACGUGAUUCAAGAGAGGUUCUCCCCCGAGCUGAAGUAUGAUGUGGCGUUGCGUCUGGCCGCCCUUCAUAUUCAGCAACACGCCCUCAGUAACAACAUGCCAGCCAAGAUCUCCAUAAAGAACAUUGAGAGGGAUUGUGGGCUAGAGCGUUUCGUGCCGUCAUCACUCGUCGACUCGAUGAAGCGUAAGGAGCUCAGAAAGCUUUUAUCUCACUUCUUGAAGAUCAAUAGCAACUUAACUACGCCUGGACACAAGCAGCUAACGGCGCUCCAAGCUAAACUCCACUACCUCAAGAUCAUCUCUGAGCUCCCGUCCUAUGGCGCUAAAUGCUUCUCCACCAACCUCAAAGACACUAAUAUGGAGACGGUGGUGUUGAUCAGCCCGAGGUUUGGCAUCAGUCAGAUCACAGGCAUCAGAAACAGCAUGGUCUUCUCAACACACCUCUAUGGCAAAUCAGUGUUGCCGGAAGCCUUGUGUGAGAUCGAGCAGGCCACAGGGGUGAGAGUUAGCCGGGAAGACGAGUUAUCUUACCGUGUGGAGAUAUCGCUCAAGGACCCCGAUAAAGAGAGGUACGGCCUCCACGAUGCUGGGGGCUCUGUGUGGCAUGUGUACCCCGUGCGAGGCCCCCGUGCCCCUGGGUGGCCCCGUGCCCAGGUGUAG